UAGAAACUGAGGAGUUGUUUGUAGAAGUUGAAUUGUGUGCAAGAGGCACAUAUGUCAACACAAACUACUGUCUAAUCUUGCACAUAUGUCAACACAAACUACUCUCUAAUUACUUCGUAUCCUUGCUUUGUAUUUCAGUCAAGGGAGAUUAGAGUUGCUUGGAGAGUGGAGAGCUAAAAGUGGUGUUUUCUUGAUUGGCUAGACAAAUUUGUCAUUCGCCUCUAAGUUCUUUGCUUUGGUUCCACGUACUAAAAGGUAGUUUCGCUAUUUUAACAUAACAUUCAAUAUGCAACUCUUUUUAAAUUUUGAGCAACUGAAAUAUGAAGAAGAAGUUAUUGGCUUUGUUCUUAUUAUAAAACACUUUCCGGACUAAUUUCAGCUAUUAUCUUUGUUUUAACAAAGCAAUGUCCUCAGUUAUGCAUGUGAACUAUUUUGAUUUAUUUGAUAAUCACAAGUUAUGUUCCAUUUUUCUUUCAAGUGAAAAGGAGAGAGCACUUCUGCUAUUAUUGUAAUGACUGGAAAAGCAGAGAAAAACUUUUCUCCCUAUAUGGUCAUAUCUAUGACUUGGGCCUAACUAUCUUUAACAACCUUAUCUCCUAGACUAACAUAAGGCUCUCAAGGGUUCUGAUAACGUGGUACUGCUAUAUGUGUAUCACUAACAGCCCUCCCCAAGUUUAGAGAGCACUCAGCUAUGGAUGAGGCCCUUUAGUCAAUCCUGGACAUACAGAUUUGAAACUUUUGUUUUUGUCAUACAGGUCCAACCUGGACACACGAUCCUCGUACAUGCAGCAGCUGGUGGAGUCGGAUCCCUUUUAUACCAGUGGGCUAAUGCCCUUGGUGCCACUGUCAUCGGAACUGUGCCAACUCAAGAGAAGGCAUCUCAAGCCAAGGAAGAUGGCUGUCACCAUGUCAUAAUCUAUAAGGUUGAGGACUUUGUUGCUCGUGUGAUUGAAAUAACAUCUGGCAAUGGGGUUGAAGUUGUCUAUGAUUCUGUAGGGAAGGAUACGUUUGAGGGAUCACUGAGAUGCUUGAAGUUUCGUGGAUACAUGGUGAGUUUUGGGCAGUCAUCAGGUGCACCAGAUCCGGUUCCUCUAUCAGCUCUUUCAGUGAAGUCACUGUUCUUGACCAGGCCUACCCUCUUCCAUUACACAGCUACUCGAGAUGAAUUAUUAGAGAAUGCAGGAGAGGUAUUUGCUAAUGUUGAUAAAGGUACAUUGCGGGUUCGAGUAAAUCACACCUACCCAUUGUUGGUUGCUUGGAUUAUGUCAAGGUUGUCCAGAAUGCUUGAAAUUUUGGUUGCUGUUGUUUUACAUGUCUUUUGUUGAACAAUGACAUGUAUAUGUAUUUGGUAGGUUGUUCAGUUGAAACUUUGUUCUAUGGAUUUGGUAGGACAUGAGUUGAUGCUUGUACUUUGAAUUGAUAAUGUAAGAUUUGCGAGAAUGAUGUAUGAGAAUGAUGAAGUAAAUGACAACUUUGAAUUUCAUAUCUGCCUAUUUCCAGAUCAAUUGUGCAAACUCAAGUCCAACAACAUAUAUAUGAAUGUAACUGUUGUAGUGCAAACUAUCACACAACACAAAAGAAAGGUCCAAAUAAAGCUUAUUGUCUGAGGAGAAUUCAGACAACACUUUUAUAU